AUGACACCAGAAAAAUCUCCGGAACCGACGGUAACCGAGCCGGAGGAAAAGGAGAAUGUCACAAAACAGCCGUCACAAGUGGAAACAGCCGUGGAGAUCGAACAGCAAAAGCCGAAACACUAUCACCUCGACGAGAUACAGGAUGCUAUCAAGGUCAACGGUGUAUAUGCGGAGGAGCAGGACCUGGAAUGGACCGACCUCAUGCUCUCGCCCUCGCUGCUCAGAGGUGUGCAGCAUAAGGGGUUCAUCAAGCCUUCGCGCAUCCAGCAAAUUGCACUGCCCCUCAUAACGAACAGCAGCACCAACCUUAUAGCGCAGGCCAAAAAUGGCUCGGGAAAAACCGCCACAUUCUCCCUUGCGUUGCUCUCCUGUGUAAAUGAAAAUAUGCCAGCGAUCCAGGGGGUCUGUCUUUGUCCAACGAGGGAGCUCGCCGUGCAAAACGUGCAAGUGCUGGCGCAACUGGGGAAAUUCACGCGGAUAAAGUAUUUCAUAGGCGUACCGCAGUGUGUCCCGUAUGGUCGUGGCGAGGAGUACCACAUUUACGUCGGAACCCCGGGAAAGACACUGGAGUUCAUUCGGAAACGCACCAUCGAUUUCCAGAACACGCGGAUGAUCGUCCUGGACGAAGCAGACGAGCUUGUCAACCCAGAUAACAACAUGGGACCACAGGUCAUGCAGUUUAGGCUUUCUUUCAGGCACCCUGUGCAAAUUCUGCUCUUCUCAGCCACCUUCUCGGAAGAGGUGCAAAAGUUCGCACAACGCAUGGCGCCAGACGCCAAUAUGAUUCAGGUUAAACGCCAACAGCUGACCCUGGAUUGCAUUCAGCAGCACUACAUGGUCUGCUCUGACGACGAUGACAAAUUCAACAAACUCUGCGAGUUGUAUGCGAGCAUGAUCAUCGGACAGUCGGUCAUUUUCGUGAAUUCCAGGAACACGGCGUUCGACGUCUCGCUCAAGAUGCGCGAACAAGGCCACGCCGUGUCGCUGCUUUGCGGCUCCAUGUCUAAACAAGCAGGGAGCAACUCGAUGGGGCCGGAAAUCAGGGACCGCAUCAUGCGCGAAUUCAAGGAUGGAGAAACGAAGGUGCUCAUUUGCACGGACGUGCUGGCCCGUGGUAUCGACGUGCCGCAAGUCACGCUGGUUGUCAACUACGAGCUGCCUUUCCUCUACUCAGGGUCGGCGCGAUUCUCCAGGGACAGGAAGAUUGCUAUGGAAACCUACCUGCACAGAAUCGGAAGGACUGGUCGCUUUGGCGCCAAGGGAAUGGCCAUCAAUAUGAUCAACCCGAACGAAAUGUACCUGAUAGAUUCCAUCAAAGAGUACUACGAGUGCAACAUUGAGCCUCUGGAGUGCGACCCGGAGUCGAUAGAAGACUUGCUGCGCAAUAUACGGUCGUAA